UGAUAUUCAAAGCAAUUGUUCAUAGGAGAUGUUAAUCUCAGUGGCCCUGGGCCAGGUGUUAUCUCUCCUUAUUUGUGGCAUUGGCUUGACCAGCAAGUACCUGUCAGAAGAUUUCCAUGCUAAGACACCAGUCUUCCAGGGUUUCCUCAACUACAUCCUUCUCUUCUUGGUGUAUACCACUACACUGGCCGUCAGACAAGGAGAAGAAAAUCUCCUAGCAAUUUUACGAAGAAGAUGGUGGAAAUAUAUGAUCCUGGGACUCAUAGACCUGGAGGCAAAUUAUCUGGUGGUCAAAGCUUACCAGUACACUACCCUGACAAGUAUCCAGCUCCUGGACUGCUUUGUCAUUCCCGUGGUGAUUCUGCUCUCCUGGUUCUUCCUGCUGAUUCGCUACAAGGCUGUACACUUUGUGGGCAUCGUCGUCUGUAUCCUGGGAAUGGGUUGCAUGGCCGGAGCAGAUGUGCUUGUGGGACGGCAUCAGGGAGCAGGAGAGAACAAGCUAGUGGGGGACCUUCUGGUCUUAGGAGGAGCCACACUCUAUGGUAUUUCUAACGUCUGGGAAGAGUACAUCAUCCGAACCCUGAGUCGAGUCGAGUUCCUGGGGAUGAUUGGACUCUUCGGUGCAUUUUUUAGUGGAAUUCAACUAAUCAGCCCCUGCCCACACCCGGCUCUGCUUUGCACUGCAGUGACGGACUCCUGCACCUCACACUUCCCAGGCGUCCUUUCCACCAGCAGGAUUCCUCUUGGGUUUGGACUGCUCUACGUUGGUUUUAGUGCCUGCAUGUUUGGUCUGUACAGCUUUAUGCCGAUUGUCAUCAAGAAAACCAGCGCCACUUCGGUCAACCUCUCUCUGCUCACAGCAGAUUUGUACAGUCUGUUCUGUGGUUUGUUCCUCUUUCACUAUAAGUUUUCAGGACUUUACCUUCUGUCUUUCUUCACCAUCCUGAUUGGGCUGGUUCUCUACUCCUCCACCUCCACGUACAUAGCCCAGGACCCCCGGGUAUACAAGCAGUUCCGCAAUCCUUCGGGACCCGUUGUGGACUUACCAACCACAGCUCAGGUGGAACCGUCUGUCACCUACACCAGCUUGGGCCAGGAAACCGAAGAGGAGCCCCACGUCCGUGUGGCCUAGGAUGAGGCCCUCCCUGCCCGUGGAAGGCAGCUCAGUGCCAUGUGUUCACCCAUCACAUACGUAUUGUAUAUAGAGAAAGGUAUUUACUAGGUGCAGUUUACAUAGGUGGACUGAAAGGUAGCAAAUGUGAAAGCCUGCCAAAGGAACAAGGUCAACGUCACUGGCGAUGCAGGCUCCAACCUGCCUCGCUUGGAGAGAUGCCGAUCUAGCGUGUACCCCGAUCACAAGCCCCUUGCAUCAAUUGCUGUGAAAAGCCUGGAAUCAGAAGCAAGUAUUCUUCUUUGUAUCAUUGUCGUUACUCUUGUUACACCAAUUUUUCAGGAGGAGGUUUUGUAUCCCUGAUGGAAACUAUUGCUAGAACCCACGUGUCAUUAAGAGAAUGCCUACUUUUCUAUGGCAACUCACUUUUUAAAAAUCAUAUUUUCCUGAUUUUUUUUUUUGGCACAGACUACCCUUGUGAUACAUGUCAUAGGAGCUCCCCCCAUGAGAAGUUUCUUUAGCUAGGGACCGGCCUAGUGGCUAAUGGUUUCCUUGGCUGUCUGUUGGAUUGCCUGCUCAAUGCGUAUGUUGUGCUGUGAUCCUUGUGGGGUGGGGCAACUGACCAUAUAAUUCUCUAUUCUAGGAAUAGAUAUAAAACAAAUUUGCCCACCCUUUUGUAUUUCGGUCUGUGAUUUCUCUGGGCCUUUGCCUUUCUGUUGUGCCACAGGGUUCUGCCAACCAAGUUCCUGUGGUCACAGAUGCAGGAGGAUCACCUUUCUGUGGUUUGUGGAGACCCCAGGGACAGUAUCCUCUGAGUUUAGGAAGAGCUAUGUAGAUCUCUUCCCCUCCCAGGAGUCUAUCUUCAAAACAUAUGCAAAUAUACAGAUCUAUUUCUCUUUCUAACUUUAUUUAGAGAUCAUCUGGAAAUCAAUCAGGGCACUUAAAAUCGCCGUGCCCCUUUUCUUUCUUAAUGGUGUGGCACUUCUGUUUCAGUCCUGCAGCAUAGAAAUGCCCCUCGUUGUGAGGGUCCCCAGCUGUGGCACCCCCUCCCACACUGUGGUGCUGAUCCAGAGCAGUCUCUGAAGAAAACUGGCUUGGGCACUUUGCCGUGGCGGUGAAGACACGGUGCUCUGAUGGAUGCAGAGACGAUCACAGGGUCUUGAUGAGUUGGAGUUCCAUGCUUUCGUUGGCCUUGAUGUAGUCUUUGUAUCCAACACAGGGCAUCCAGAAACAUGGCAAGCCCAUUGCUGCCAGGUGGAGGCCCAGCCAUGGCUACCCGCUGUGUUCAAGACGCGCAUUGAGCUUCCUCAUCUUGUCUUGGCUGUCAUCUUUACCCCACCAGAUGGCCAGGACUUUCUUAUGCAGUGUUGCUGGGUAGUUCUAAUGGCCAGCCUUUUGGCUAGUCACCAAGAGCAAACCUGUCUGCAUUACCCAGGCACCCAGAAACACCACCCAAACCAAACCGAACCAAACUUACUGCCACGGAGUCGAUUCUGACUCAUGAUGACCCGAUAGGACAAGGUCUCAAAUGCUGUAUUCUUUAUGGAACGAGACUGCCACGUCUGUCUCCCGCAGAUCCAAGGCUGGUGGAUCCAGUUUAGCCUGGACCACUGGGCCACCAGGAUGCCACAGAAGUAUUAAGUUUGGUUGACACCGAUGCCAGUCAAAAAGUUCCUCAGCAGAGUUAUAGCAUUUGAAAACCAGAAGUAAGUGUUUAUGAAACGUUGGACAAUUCAUACCAAUGCAACAUACGUAAGCAAGCGAAGGAAAUCAGCAGCGGGGCCACAAUGAAGCAGGGGUGCCACAAAACCUGGGGUGCUGAUGUAGACACCCUUAUAGGACAGCAUCUUCAUGGGAGCAUCAUCAGAUCUUUUUGCCCACAGAUGGUCUGCCGACCUUGAAGUUAGCAGCCAAAACUUAGGCAGCCACCAGGGCUUCUAUACAGAGCGUGUGUGGGGACUAAGCACUGCAGGUGACUGCUUCCUGUGCACGCCGUCCACGCCUGUGUAGCCUCUUCACCAGCUUACUACACAGGACAGGUGGUUCUGUCUCUGGAGACUAGAAAGACAAAAUACCUAUCUUCUCCACUAGGCCAAUUUCAUGGUCAUCUCAGGUCAGCCCCCUAGAAAUGUGUAUCAUUUUCUACGAAGAAGAAAAAAAUCAAGGCUGCAGCGAUAGCCAAUCAAAAUGAGUCUGCCGACAUUUGCUCUUAGCUACCUUUUAAAUCAGUUAAAUACCUUUCUCUGAAUACUUUCUCCAUUCUGGUCUGCAAGACCUUUGAAGACUGUGGUUGUACUGUUGUGUUUACAUUCCUUUGGUUUUCAUAAUUUGCUUGAUUUCUUGCAUUUCUAGUAUUUAUUUUAAGCCAAAUGUUUUUAGCCUUUUUAAAUUCAUUUUUAUGACACUAAUUUGUAGAUGCUUAGCAAAGUCUUAUGGGAAACAAAUAGCUGAAAGUACUCUCCAAUUCAGUCAGUGGACUGGGAUUUUUUAAAUUAAAAAUUCAAAAAAGUGUUUGCAAUCCACAGAUAGCUACAAGUUGCCAUCUGAAUUAUUUUAUAGGAUAUUUUCAUUGACUCCAUUGUAUGGAAACCAAAUGUGAAUGUUACGUUGAGUUCAUUAUAUACCCUUUAUCAUCAAGCGUCCCUGUAUACAAGACUGCCAUGUCACUGGGGUGCCUCACUGUGUUGGCUUGUCUCUGUUUAAGAAGGUCGAUAACAUAUUGAAGGGUCUGAGAUCGGGAGUUCCAAAAUGACCCUUUGAGAAAAAAAGAAAAGAGAAUAGCAAAGAACAAAUUCUUUUUACGGAAUGAAAGCACUCAUCCUUUAGGCGUGGAGUGGGAUGUGGGACAACCUUGACUCUCGUUUCAGUCUCUGAAGUUCCAUAACGCAGUAGACACCAGCAAACAGACAGCGUCUAAAUCCACCACCACUCACUCCUCAACGAAUGAGACUUGGACCAAUUUGUGUAGAAUGUUCUUGAGUAAGCAAACCACAGCUCUCCUAACCCUCGCUAGAGCACAGUGGUGGCUCCCACUUCCUCAGCCAAAACCUGUGCUGGGGAGAGAGCUGGCUCUGGUCAACUCACAGCUCCAAACUCUGUAACCCACGACCAGGUAGACCAAGCAAUGGAAUACUUUGCACCACUGUGUCCCAUGGAAAUACUUCAAUGUUUAGCGUAGGUAUUGCUAACUGUGCUAUUAACCUUUUGAGAAAUGUGUAGUAAUGUUUGUUUGGGUUUGUUUCUGAUUUAUAACCAUUUAGUAGUUCCCAGCUAGCUCUCAGCACAGAUUUUACCCCAUGGGUAGGAUUCUGUUGUUAAACCACAUAACAAGCACACUAAUCCUGACACCACAAUUGGAAAAUAUGAACCAAAAAAAAGAGAAAAACAAAGAGAACUUUACACUGAUAAGCUGAACACACUCUCCGUCUUUUGAUGUUUGCAUGCUUCCCUAUGGACUGGCUGUGGCAAUGUAAUGCCUGUAUCAUGUUUUCAAAUAAAAAGAAAUGCUUUGUGAAAGCACUA